CACUACGCCCACUCAUAGUACAUGUACUCUGCCUUGUACUCUACCUUAUACUGUGUCUUGUAGUACUGUAGCUGCUCAACACAACAUUGGAAAAGUACCUUUCCGCACGUGUGGAUAUGGUAGUGUAAAUAUUGAGUGUACACUAUUACUAUUUUUUAAAUAAAGUGACGAGGUAGGAAAUAAAAUAAAACUGAACUCAGAAGAACACACAUUGAACACUGUGAGAGUGUUAGAUAAGGUAUUGAACUUCAACGGUGUUAUUAAACCUCAUUGAACACUUCGAGGGAGCUAGGCAAGGACCCAGCAACAGCAGCGGCCAGACAGUAAUAUUAAAUAUUACCUCAGCAACAACAGACAACAUGACUGUUGCUUCUAAAGUGAGAGAGAUCUGUCAGGAGUUAGUUUUGAGUCCAGAGGUGUUGAAGGAGGUGUGCGACUGCUUGCAAGAAGAGAUCAACAAAGGUCUGGCUAAAGACUCUCAUCCUGAAGCAACUGUCAAGUGUUUCCCCACAUAUGUGCGGGAACUACCCAAUGGCAAAGAGGAAGGAAGGUUCCUGGCCUUGGACCUGGGUGGCACCAACUUUAGAGUGCUUCUCAUUGAGUUUUCCAGCAAGUGUAGGAUGGAUAGCAAGAUCUACGCUGUUCCACAACCCAUUAUGGUUGGACCUGGUGAUGGGUUAUUCGAUCACAUAGCAGAAUGUCUCGCCAGUUUUAUAAAGGAGCGUAACCUUGGCAAUGAGUUGCUGCCUCUGGGUUUCACCUUUAGUUUUCCUUGUAAACAAGAGGGACUCACUAAGGCUCGAUUAGCGCAAUGGACUAAAGGAUUUAAAUGUGAGGGAGUUGAAGGUCGUGAUGUUGUCGAGUUGCUCAAGCAAGCCAUUGCAAGACGAGGGGAUGUGCAAAUCAAGAUAUGUGCCGUCCUAAAUGACACUACCGGCACUCUCAUGUCUUGUGCAUGGAAGAACAGAAACUGUCGCAUUGGUCUCAUUGUCGGAACUGGAACAAAUGCCUGCUACAUGGAGAAGCUGGAGAAGGUCGAGUUAUGGGACGAAGUAAUCGACGACCCACCACAGGAUGGCGACACUCACAUUGAAGUUUCUGGGGUGGUAAUCAACACAGAAUGGGGAGCAUUUGGAGACAAUGGCUGCCUGGACUUUGUUCGCACAGAAUAUGACAACAACAUAGAUAGUGAAUCGGUCAACCCUGGGAAGCAGCUAUAUGAAAAGAUGAUCAGCGGAAUGUACAUGGGUGAAAUCGCACGGCAAGUCCUUGUUAGACUAGUUUCUGAAGGCUUGCUGUUUGGCGGCUUUGCUUCAGAUAUUCUCCUUGAAAAAGGAUCUUUCUUCACUAAAUAUAUCUCCGAAAUUGAAAGUGAUAAGUCUGGAGAUUUCAAUAACUGUCGUGCCAUCUUGGAGGAACUUGGAUUCAACGAUGCUACAGAUGCUGACUGUGCAAAUGUUCGUCACGUUUGUGAGUGUGUGUCGAGGAGAGCUGCAAAUUUAACUGCUGCAGGUGUUUCUGUUCUACUCAACCGAAUCGGUGAGGAGAGCGUUACGGUGGCAGUUGAUGGCUCAGUGUACCGUUUCCACCCCCACUUCCACAACCUUAUGGUUGAACAGAUCUCACAACUUGUCAAACCAGGGAUCAAGUUUGAUCUUAUGCUUUCCGAAGAUGGUAGUGGGCGUGGCGCUGCUCUGGUAGCAGCAGUUGCAUCAAGGUGUGCUGCAAUGAGAUAGGAUAGUAAGUCGUCCCUGGUUCAACAAAGUAUAAAGGGCCUUUAGAGUAAGGCAGAAAGAAUGACUGAGAAGUGUAUGAUUCUUGCCUCAUGUGGGUAGCAUUUUUGAAUGAUUGAAAAUGUAUAGGCAUAGUCACUGUAAAAUAUGGCAUGUGUGUGAUGAUUUAGUCACAGUAAAGUUCAUACCUAUAUCAACACCAAUAUAAAAUUUGAAGUAUAAUAUUGCAUUCCAUUAGCUUGGCAUCUAUCAAACAAUAAUCAUAAAAUUUAUGCGUUAAAUUAGAAUAGCAGCAGCCAUAUUUUGCACUGAACAAAAUAAUUGUAUAGUUAUCAUCACAUGCAAAGGUUAUAUUAUACUGUGACAAAUGGGCUUAAGUGUCUAGUAUAGUUACAUUAUUGAAAUUGAUUAUAUUGUUGAUUAAUUAUGAAUUAUGGCAUACGUUGAAUUUUUCUUGACUGGACACACAUAUAUAGAUCAAAGAAAAGGUUAAGUCAUUAAUGUUGAAAGGCUUGUAAAAUUAGCCAUGCAGUGUCGGUGAUAGUACAGUACUAGUUCCAGUGCCGACUUAAGUGUUGCUGAAACCACGUAUAGUCCCAAACUGACAAAGUUAUAUACUGUACAAUGUUUUUGUGAUAUAGGGUAAUGCUUUUAGGAUCAUCAUACGAGAACUCGUAUCUUUUACUGUAAGCCCAUCACUUUUUUUUUUUAUUUCCUUCGAAGUUAUGUUAGUGCACCUAAGUGUUUAGUUAAAUUUUAUUUUUAAAAACAUGACAAUAAUUAUAUCAAAAUAUAAAUUAACCAAAUGGUUGGAUUUUUAAAUAUAAAUUAACAAGAUAGUUGGGUUGUAUACACUUCUGGCAUAAGAAGGUACAGGUAUAUUAGAUUAAUUUCCUUGAAAAAUUCAAUUGUUCCUCAGAUAUGAAAAAGAACUUGUCUGAGAUGAUUACAUUGGCAGGGAUAUAUGAUAAACUUGCAGGGGUUAUAAAAUACCAGUGGAAGGGAGGUAACCAGGUUUGAUCUGUGGAAGAGGGUUACUCCAUUUUUUUGAAGCAAGAGCUCUUUAUAAAGGCAUUUGGUUGGGAAAAAUCCUGACUCUUGCUAUAUUUUUUUAGAUACGCUUGCAAAACAGAAUCAAGAGGAAUAGUAGAGAAAAUUAUGUGGAUAGGAAGUAUUGUAUUAUCAAAUAGUAAUGAGCAAUUGUCAGUGAAUAAAUAGAAAGAAAGAUGGAUGGGAAGUGUGAACUGUGGUUCUGAAUAACAGGCCCAGCACUCCACCAGUGUAUUAUGUUUAAGAAUAAGGAAAUAUGUCAUGCAAGAAAAAAUAUAUAAUGUACUCUUCAACAUGGCAGGAAAAAAUUGAAGAACGUCUCUCUAAUGUUUGUGAACCCUGUACAGGCAAGAGUUCACUACUGUAUUCUUGAACUUUUACCCCACACCCACAGAUUAGAAAUGGCUGUCACCUCAUGUGAUAUGUAUCUCCUUACAUUAAUAAUUACUCAGGACUAACUUGCAAUUUAGUUAGAGAACUUUAGGCGAUGUUUUGGUCCAAAAUAAACAUUGUCUAAAGUUUUAUUUUGAGUUGUGAGUCAUUUGUUGCAGUUAUGGUAUUGUGACUUCCAUUCUUCAUGAAUUUUCUUCAGUCCUCUAAAGAGAGUUAUCACUAUUUAAUUACAUUGUAUGUGUUUUCUUAAAUGGUAUUGACUCAGUUUUUCUGGACAUUUAAUACAGAUGUUGAAAAGAUUCAUUUUUAUGCUUUAUGAAAUACUGUGAUAAUUCUUUUACAAAAAGCUGUAGCAGGUACUUGCUACAUAUAGGAACCCAAAAAAUUUUUAGUCAGCACUAUCACCAUACAGGAUGCCACCUAUAACAAUGGAUGCACCAUUUUCACUGGUGUGUGAACAUGGUGCAAGGGAAAUUUGCCUAUAAUGCCUAGGAAUAAAACCUGAGUGCCCUUUGAGUUUAGUCUUUAUACUCUCAGAAAACGGCCAUGGGCCAGGCUUGCCCUGCCACUAAAAAUAUUUUCAAUUGAAUGGAAAUUACCAGGAAUUAUUAAUAAUAAUAACAGUGUUCACAAUAUUAUUUUUAUUGUAUUCAUUACUAUACACAAUACCUUGGCAACAGAAGGUAAUCAGGUUUUAUUAAUGGGGAGGGUAGCUCCAAUUUCUUGGAUCAGGAACUCUUCAAGAUAACUCUUUCCUGUGAAGAGUGUGUACAUAAGUGGGGAAAAGUCACUUUGUAAAUGCAAUAAAAAGUAAGCCUGGACUUGUACAGCACCAUUACUUUUAUAAGAAUUGGUUGGAUAUUUAUUUACAAAGUUAUUUUAAUAUUUUUUAAAAAUAUGUUUUUAUUAUGAUUAUUUCAGUAUACUGUAGUGCACAAACCUGUUGUUCCAUUUUGUAACAAUUUUUAUUACUUAGAAGUUUGUUUUUAUUAAGUAUUGUACAUGAUGUUUAGAUUAGGUUAGAUUUACUAUUAGUGUACCUAAGUACUUCCAGUCUGUAUAGUUUCAUCUACACCUCUCCAAAUAAGAAAAUAUUUUCAUAUGCCAGAAAGUAUAGGUCGUCCUGCUUAAUGACAGCAAUGCACUCGACCAAAACCUUUAAGUGAAUUUAUGUUAAGCCAAGAAGCUUUUGGCAUUCACACUAUUAUAAUUAAGACAUUCCUGUAAAGAAUUCCAAAAACUUUAAACUCCUCGACACAAAGACUAGGAAUGCCCGUUUCAUGUGAACUGAAUGUACUGACUCUCCCCAUGCAUCAAAACAUUUAUGUCAGCAAAUAAAUGAACUUUUGUCUAGACAUGCUUAACCAUUACUGGGUGAAGUUUAGCUUGUAGGUUAUUGCCUAAUAUGAAUAAUGGCUAGAUUGCUCACUCUAACUUCACAACUAUACUUAUGAUGAUGGAGUGAAAAAUAGAGUUGGUCUUACUGGGAGGGAACACUACCUAUUUUAGUUGUCUGAUAAGUGAAAUAGUUUCAGUAAAUGUAAAGCUGUCAUAAGACACCUUGUUCUCUAAUAUAUCUGUUGCUAAACAAAUUGACUGAGCUGUCAUUCAGUAAGAUGACCUGUAUUUAUCAUAAUUAUUAUUUUAUGUAUCAGAAUCUCAGAGUAAUUUUCAUCAUAUUCUUAUAUCAGUUAUUACAUUUAUGUCCAUUAAUUUUUUAUGUUUAUAGUCAUUAUAAAUGUUUAUUUGAAUUUUAAAUAUUCUUGUGUUUAAUUUGCUUUUAAUUUGGGCUUAAAGAGUAUGUACCUAAUAAGUAUAUAUGAGACAUAUAACAAAAUUCAACUUAAUGUGAACACUGAGUCAACGUAAGAAUAUUACUUGUGUGUGGGAAAAUCUCUUAAUUUUGAAUUUGAAGAGAAGUGGAAACAAACACAUGCAGUUUAAUGUGAUCCUUUAUUGACAACGUUUUGCCCACACAGUGGGCAACUUGAAAAAGCCCACUGUGUGGGUGAAACGUUGUCAAUAAAGGAUCACAUUAAACUGCAUUUGUGUUUGUUUCCAUUGUGUCGGUAUUUUAUACCAUUUAUUUUCAUAGAAGAGAAAUACUGGAAGUUUUUCUUUUACUGUAUAGUAUUCAGAAUCAUCUAUAAUUCAGACACUCCUAUGUAUGCAUUGUUACAAACAAGACACUUGUACUGUAUACACAAGUGUCUUAACUUCUCAUCCAGUAUCCCAACAUGUCGGGACCAGACCUCUGCCAACAUUUUUUAGCUAGCAAAUGUUCACUGUAUGUGAAGGACUUAGAGAAUAUCCCUUCAAGGAGAGUGUACUUGUACUGCUGAAGAACUCUUAAUUCGAGGAAUUUCAACAUUCCUUUCUUUGGUUGAAAGGUGAUUAUCUUCCAUUCCCAAUUAAUAUAAUAAUAAUGUAGAGAGAAUACAGGUGCUUCUCACUCUAUAAUAGUUUGACGGUACUGUAAAAAAAUUUACAUGUACAGUACUGGUAUUUAGUAAAAAUAAUUAUUUAUGUAUUCAAUGACAUACUUUCAGCUUAUGAUAGGUUUAUUGGAAUGUAACCCCAUCAUAAGUUGAGCACCUGUAGUGUAGUUUGUGUCAGGGGAUAUAAAGUUUUGGUGUAUAUGUGCUUUAUUGAAGGUCCAAUUGUGCAUUUUAUGGGUUUAUUUUUAAUCAGAGGGAAGUACUAAAUACAUAAGGAGUCAUAUAGUUCCUGGGGAAUGGGAGGUACUCGGGUUCAAUUCAAAGAUUAUGCCUUCACUGUGUCUGUUGUGCUUCUAAAUUUGAACAUGAGUUAUUCAGCAAAUAUCGUGUUGCCAAACUCGCUAAGCAUAUACAUGUAUAUAUUAAUUUUUUUUAUAAUACAAGGCAGUUGGAAUAACAAAAUUCUUAUAUUUAGUCAAUGCUGAAUUAUACUAGCUAAAGUUGUACAUAUGUAAAUUGUAGUAUGUUUAGGUUAAAUUGCCAAGUUAGUUUUGGUGAAAAAAAAAAAAAUCAAUCCACAUUAAUUCUUGUGAAAAUAUUUAUGAAUCCAUAGGAAUAAACUUUUUAUUUUAAGGAAAAUUUUGCCUGCUCUGACUUAAAAUCUAUACAACUCCUAUUCAAAAUAAUGCAUACUUAGAUUGUCUGAAUUAGCAUAUAGUCUGGAAAAUCCUGAAGACAUCUUACCUAGUCAGUUUAAGAAAACUCAAUUAAAAAUAUAUAUAAUUUUCACUUUGUAAAACUCCAAGAAAUUUAAAAUGACAUUGUAUUUAAGCUUUUCCUUGUAAUAAUAAUUAAAUUUUUUUAAAUCACUGAAAAAUUUCCAGUACAUCUUUUCUUAUUCAGAAAAAGGUGAAAUAAGACUUGUUCCUUUUGGUGUUAAACAAAAUUUUGUAGAUCAUUCCAAAUUCAAUACAAAAAACAGUUUUCUAAAUUAGGGAUACAUUAAUUAUGAACUGUGUACAGUAUUAUACAUGCUGUAGGGCCUUGACUUAUGCAAAAAACAAACCAGCUGUCUCCCACCAAGGUAGAGUGACCACACUGAUAUCACUUUAGAGUGCAGGCACUGUACUUACCGCCUCCACGACUAUGUCAAGCUAAUUGGUUUCCUUCAUAUUUUGUAACCAUUAAUUAUAAUAAUUUUAACCCUUAAACUGUCCAAAUGUAGAUGUAUGUUUUUUUUGCAUAAAGAAUGUCGGUCUAUGUUUGGACAGUUUAAAUGAAUAUUUAAAAAUUUUUAAACAAAUAAUCUUCUGUUUAAUUAACGCACAGAUGAACCAAGAUUAAGUUGUAAUAAAUAAUUGUCAAUGUAUAGUAUACUUACAUUCAUUGAAGAAUGUUUCCAAGUGGAAAUAAUGCAAACUAAUAGAAUAUUUUAUAUGUUAAAAAUAAAUGAAAUUAGGAAUAUAAUGUUGUAUCUCAAUUAUUCGGAUGUGUAUGGGAAAAUAGGCUUCAAAUUACCUGAAUUAAUGUUUAAGUUGGGGCCCUACUGUGUGUUACACACAUGCAUACUCUCACUAACUGUAUACAUUGAAUUGUCAACAUUUUACAGGUUUACCUGGAGAGAGUUCCGGGGGUCAACGCCCCCGUGGCCUGGUCUGUGACCAGGCCUCCUGGUGGAUCAGAGCCUGAUCAACCAGGUAGUAAUAAUGUUGGUAGAAUUACCAAGAAUAUGUAAAGUAAAAGGACACAAGUGCAACAAUGUUUCACUCUCCAGGAGCUUUGUCAAGCGGCUUGACAAAGUUCCUGGAGAGUGAAACAUUGCCACAAUAAAAUGUCACAUUAGUUGCACUUGUGUCCUUUUACAGGUACACUUGCUUUUGAUAAUUUCAGUACACGGACAGGAUAUACUCUUUAAAACCCUUGUAUGAUAAUUACUCAUAUAUAUAAUUUGUGCUGCUAUUGGUUAUAAUAGCACAAUAAUAGGAAUCAUGUAACUUCUGUAAAUAAAAUAUUAUAAGAAAUACGAGACGCAAAAACGAACAACUGUAAUAUAUUAUGAGAGAUGACUUGAGUUAUUUUUGUGUAGACAUAAGUGGGUAUAAAUAUAUAUUAACGAAGUCA